UUCCAGAUCUUAUCAGACAUGGGCACAUACCUCAACAAAGCUAUCCCCGACACGAAGCUGACUAUCCGCAAGUAUGCCGACACUAAGUUCGAGUACCUCUCCUACUGUCUCAAGGUUAAAGAGAUGGACGAUGAGGAGUACGGGUAUAAUGCCCUGCAAGAGCCCCUGUAUAGAGUGGAAACUGGGAAUUAUGAGUAUAGACUGAUUCUCCGCUGUCGUCAAGACGCUCGGACGCGCUUCGCUCGGCUCCGGUCUGACGUGUUGGUGAAGUUGGAACUGUUGGAGAAUAAGAAGACACAGGAUGUUGCGUACCAGCUGAGAAGGUUUAUACAGGGGCUUGCUGUUUAUCAUAAUGAAUCAGUAGAGCAUCUGAAAGACAACGCGACUCUGUUCCCGGUCGAAGUGGAUCUCUCUCAGAACGCGUUCCAGUACAAAUCUACUGCACAGAUUAUUCAGGACGGUCAAGAAGAAGACGAAGAAUUAGAAUUCGGCAAAGAAAUCCACGAAUAUCAUGACAUUGCUGACAUUGACAAGGAGCCCAAACUUGUCAAUCGCCGUCAGACCAAAGACAAUGAUGACACCGAAUCGUCAGAACAAUUACUGCCUGACUUUGACAAUGUGACCCUAAACUAUGACAAAGUUGACAAAUCUGACAAUAUGGACAAUUUGACUUUAUUGACGGAAUUGGGUUUGGCCGACACGAAUGUACAAGAUGACUUUGGAGAUUUUCAGAAUGGACUGCUGGAUGAAUUUAUGCCCAAAACCAGUGGGGAGGAUAAGAAUGAUAUUUUUGAGGAUUUGUUAAGUGAUUUUAGUAAUUUAAAUAAAUAAAUGUUUAGGA